AUGGACCUGGAGAAGGAGUUCCUGCGAGUCGCAGCAAGUGCGCAUUUCGGCACCGCUUGUGUUCCUCUAGAAAGUCUACAUUUUCUUUCCUCAGGUGAAGGUAGCCGUAUCAUAAAUGAAGAGAAUGUAACCCGCCUUGUUAGAAUCUUCAGAGAUUACCAAUGUCAGAGACGGAGCCACGAAAACCAUGUCCCGGUCAUCAUAUCUCUCGACCAUCUCCACCAGGUUCUAAAAGCUGCUGGAUUAUCGUUGACAUCCCUUAAAGCGGAUGAGCCACCUUUUCUUCCGCUUCCGUACGAACAACCAGUUCUUGCUCUGCGCGGGAGACACCGUUUGGAGGCUGCGAAGAGAUUCUUCCACGAUCCGGGCAACCGCUGGUGGACAGUUGAACUGUACAACAAAGAUGAGAUUCCGCCUCGUUUUCUUACGUUAAUGGCAGAAUGUCAUGACAAUUCUUUACCAUACGCCGAUGGGGAAAUAUAUUGCAAUAUCCGAAGUUAUCAGCUGAACGGCGAGUGGAUUCAGGCGGCGAAAUGGAGAAAUAGAAUUAUCUCCGACCACAAGCUGCAUGACUAUGACCGGCUACACGAAUCCAAGAACUAUGUGCCACUCGCAACCGCCCUUGACUCGCUGGUCCCAUUCCCAGCUCUACUAUUUUCUUUUCGCCUCGGAAAUCUACGCCGUGUUUUUAGAAUAAAGUGUCCUGAGGAGCUAGCAGCUUCUGUGCGACAUGUUCACGACGUCUGGAAUGGCGUUAUGGAAGGCUUCAACACAGGGCUGCUCGACUUGGCCACAGUGAAGUGCCUUCAAGGGCGUUCGCCGGUCUGGUCUUCAGCUGACCGGGAAUAUAUCCAGACACUCUUUGCCAACAAACGGUGCUUCGCUAAUAUCCAUGACACUAGCCAUCGUAAAGUGUUAAAGGACCGUGUUUUAGCUACCAAGACGAUAAUACCUUCUAUGACAACUGUGCUGGAGAACACCAAGUACAUGGAGCCCGCGGCUAUUCUCUUAAGAAAGCUUCUCCAUAAAAAGUUUAAGGGAACGGUUCUUAAGCAAAUGAAGAAGUGCCACAGAACGGGUUCUGGAGCUGACUUUUGGGCAUCAUAUCGACGACUUUGGCUCGUUGCCUUUCGUGUUUUCCCUUACAUAUCCAACUUCAAGCCCCUGCAGGCAAAUAGGAGCCACAGAAAAGAGUAUGUAGGGGAUUACUGGGGGUUUCUGGCGAGUUCUGCAGUGAAAUAUGGGUUCAUGUCGACAGAAAUACGACGCCUUCUGAAUAGGUAUCCAGACUCGGACAUACUCCAUGACCCUUGGGAAAGCCCAGUAAUGACUACAAACAACACGAACACAUGGAAACUGAAAAACAGAUGUGGGAUGCCAAACUAUAGCAUGUUAGAAUGCAUCAGUCCGUAUCUCUCUCUGGAGAAUAUAUAUGCCAAUCUACGCCCGGAUGCAAAUGCGGUCGAUCUCACUCCGUUCGCAGUGGCCAGAGACAUGUUUCACACAUUCUUUGGCGAUCAAGAAGAACUGGAGAUGCCAGAUGUCACUCAGAUGCCAGAUGUCACUCAGAUACCAGAUGUCGCUCUGAUGCCAGAUGCCACUCAGGAGCCAGGACCUCAGGAUGAGACUAUGGUCGAGGUCAUAGAGAUGAAUGCAGAAACGGACCGCCAGGCCUUGCAGCACUCUGAGAAUAAUCACCUUGAAUUCGCUCCAACACCCCUCUCUCUUCAGGGAAAUCGGCAACCUGCACCACCUCCUUUGUCUUUGGGAGAGUUAUUAAAUACAGAAAUUAUGCUUCCUUCUGGCCAGCCCACACCAUUUCCGUCCAUGGCCAAUCCAGGUUUGGCUCAAAUAGAUGCAGGAGAAAGUAUCCUACUAGCUGAUCCAAAUCUUUGGGAUAGGGCGGUGCCAAAGGAAAAGAUAAAUCUGCGACCCAGCGACGCAAGGAAACGAUAUGAGGCCCAAAGAUCGCACAAUCCCUUUGCAAUAUACCAUUAUGAGGAGAAUUCGACCUUCUAUUCGCUAGCUGAUGUUCACAUACCAUUGGUAGAGCAUUUUCUUUGUAGCCGGAGAAAUUUCUGGUUUGCGGUAUACAAUGGCGAGAAUCUUGUAGCAGUCGAUACUCAAGAGGUGGAAUCCAAAUUGAGGGCUAAAGGAUUUGUAAUAUGUGGCAGCGGAAACACGUUAUUUGAUGCGAUGCGAGACCAAGAGUUUGAGUUAUAG